AUGCAGCCAACUGCGACUCUAAGAAUGUUCCGGCCUAGCCGACGUAUGAUGGCGGCUCAACCAAAUGAGGAGCACCGCGCUCACACCAUUUCCCAACGACUACGAGCCCUCAGAAAGAUUCCCCCGGAGUUGAUUCCCCUUGGAAUCGUCGUUGGCGUUGCUGUCGGAUUUGCCGGCUACUCCUUGGCCCGAAAGCUCGUUGUCGACAAGACAAUGCGUCUCGGUCGCCAGAACAGAAAGGAUUAG